CGCUCGCGUGACUUUUGAAUGCCUUCGUAUACUGAAUUUAUUUUGGGGCGAUGACUAUUCAGCGAUGUAUGCCACUCGUGUAUAAGCAAAGUUUUGGCAGUUAAUAUGCAAUAGAUUUGUUGAAGUCGCCAUUUUGUUUCUAAAUUCUGUUCGAGUUUGGCUGCUUAAUUUGAUUCUGUUCCCUGUGUUACCGGAGUGCUGCAACUAAGUGGUUCGUAGACAAUUUUUUCGGCGGCUUGGCACGAUGGUGAAGUUGGCCAUGAAUACUGCGACGGAGUUGCAGGGACAAAAACCGCCCUAUCACCCGAGGGAACCGCUGCUGAACGACACGGUCAAAGUCCCUUUGGAGAGAGAUACCGUCGUGCAUAUGAGGCAGGGUAAUAGACGCUACCAACGCAGGCACGUAGUGGGCCUCGUCAUUGCCGGCCUCAUCAUUCUGGCAGUUGGUGGCGCCCUUGCCGGCUUUUACUUCACGGGGCAUUUUAGGACCGGCGAAGGACCAGACGACCAAUGUCCCGGAUGCAAAUAUCACGAGCCGCAGGAUCAUGGAUAUCACGACGAACACCGCGACGGUCAUGAUCAUGGUGGUGAGAGUGGAGGUCGGAGUGGUGAACAAGGGAAGGAUAAAGGAGGACAUGGAGGCGAGCGAGGUAAAAGCGGAAGGGGACGUGGUGAAAACGACGGCAAGGCUGGCCCCCGCCCCCACAAGGAUCCCAAGGGUGAACAUGCUCCGGAUGUAGAUAAAAGUAGCCAGAAAGGUCAUCGUGGUCGGUUUGGACCAAAGGGCGUCUUUGAUGGUCAUCCGAGAUCCAAGCACCACCUUCCUCUGCCGUAACGUCGCGUCAUCUUAUAGGAGUGGCACCCCCGAAGACAGUUGCCUAUAGCGAUGCUGACAGCUACAUAAUGUAUAAUAAUGAUAAUUAUAUAAUCUUUUUACACAGUGUUCAAACGCAAGGACAGAUUCCCAUAUCUGGCCAUCACUAAAUUUUCCCUUCGGUGACCUAUCAGCCAUCAUAAAGUGAUAAUAAAUCCUAAAACGCCAAAUUUAGCAGGGAAAAUAUUGAAGUAUUUACUGAAAAAAACCUUUUUCAGACCAGGCUCAUAGGGUUUGUGCACAGGUUGACAAGUAGUGGCCCGAUAUGGGAAUGUUUCCAAACGCAAAUACGUGUGAUGAAUACUUUUAUGAUAAAUACUUAUGAAGAUUUUACUUGUGAAUAAUAUUAUGUGGUUUGUUAAAAUUGGUUUGGUGUAUACAGGGUUAGUCAAAAAGAAAGUGACCUGGAUUAAUGAUUUCCCCUUAUAACCGCAAUUACGUUUGAUGCUCCAAUGAAGCAUGUAUUAUUAGAGCAUGUUCUUCCACUCGUUAAAAAAAUCUAAUUAUUGAAAUUGAUCCUUAAUUUCAAAAGUUAUGCAUGUUCUACCAAAGGAGCCCAUUUUUACUGCUGCCCAUGAAAUGCCAUUUUGAAGCCUUUUCAGCUUAGUACACGCAUGCAUUCAAAUACAAAAGUGAUAUCAAUCAUUUGAGUCAAGACUUACGCAUUAUUUUUACAGUCCGACAUUGUAUUUUGUAUAUUGAGGAACAAUUAAAUCGUCUUUAAUUCUAAAAAAUAA